GUAUUUAAAAGAAGAAGAAGAAUGAGGCGCAAAGGAAGGAGCCACCAGGGUAUUCCUGCAGAUUCAAGCUAUUGCUGCCUGCCAGCCUGGUGGAGCUUGUGGCGGAUGUCUCCUUUGUCCCACCUACGGGCUUUUCUGAAAGGAAGGUUUGCUGAAGUAGUGUGCAGGCUAUUGAGAGAGGGAUAUAUCUAUGCUUUGUGUAACAUGACCGCCUUGAAUAUUUUCCCUCGUUGCUAUUAGUCAACAACUGCAUUGUUGUAUACGUGGGGAAAAGCAGGAUUGUAUGAUCUUCAUAUUCGGGGCUGGCAGGACAUCCCUGGGAAGUGUGGGGUUGUAAGGUGGGUUGUGGGGCAGCAGUGGUUGUACUUCCACUAACUUUGGACUAUGCCGCACUCUCCAUGUCCCUACCAAGUGUGUCUGACCAAGGGCAUACCCCAAAGAUCUCAGAGCCUGGGCAGGUUCAUAUGGGACAUUGCAGCCCUUCAGAUAGUCCAGGGCUAACAUGUUUGGGGGUUUAUGAAUCAUUACCAGCACUUUGGAUUGUGCCCAGAAACAGAGAGCUAGGCAAUGCAGCUAUUGUAACAAGGGAGUUGUAUGUACAACCUUGCUUUUGCACUAAACAGGUGACCCUCCAUGUUGUAGUUUUACAUCUCCUAGGACCUCCUGGUGAUGGAUGAAUAAGAAACCCAAUAAAUACAAAAUAAUUGCGGUGAUAAGAGCAAGUGCAGGAGGUGACGCUCAAUCCCUAGCUCUCUGUGAGCGAGGAACCUACGUCCUGUUGCUUCCACACUCUUUGUUUCUCCUUCUCUACACAGAUUAACUUUCCCAUGGAGGUCAGGAAUCAGACCCAGGUGGAGGAGUUCAUCUUCCUGGGCUUCUCAGGUGUCCCACAUGGCCAGAUUUACCUCUUUGUCGUGUUCCUAGCAAUUUACUUGGUCACUGUUCUUGGAAACACCACGAUAGUCACCCUGAUCCAGCUGGAUUCGCGCCUCCACAGCCCCAUGUACUUUUUCCUCAGUCAUUUAUCCUGCUUGGAUGUCUGCUACUCAACUGUCACCGUCCCCAAGAUCCUGACCAACUUUCUGCGCCAGAGGCACACCAUUUCCUACAACCAGUGCAUGGCCCAGAUGUUCUUCCUGAUGACCUUUGCAGGCUCCGAGUGCGCCCUGCUGGCCGUCAUGGCCUACGACCGCUAUGCCGCCAUUUGCCAGCCUCUGCAUUACAGCAGCCUGAUGAGCAGCCACGUGCGAAUCCCGCUGGCCAUUGCUUCUUGGAUCUGGGGCUUCCUGGACUCGGCCAUCCACACCACUCUGGCCACCCACUUGUCCUUCUGCGGGGCCAACCAGAUAGACCACAUCUUCUGCGAUGUCCCGCCUCUGCUGAAGAUUGCCUGCAGCGACACCUACGUGAAUGAGAUCACGCUCCAUUUGGCCAGCAUCUUCAUGGGCCUGAGUCCCUUCUUGCUCAUCCUCCUCUCAUAUGUCUACAUCCUCUCCGCCAUCUUGCAGAUCCGCUCGAAUACUGGCAGGCACAAAGCCUUCUCCACCUGCGCUGCUCACAUGAUCGUUGUCACCGUCUACUUUGGCAUGGCCAACGUGAACUACAACCGCCCCAGCGCAGGCUACUCCUUGGAGGUUGACACCCUGAUCUCCACACUCUACUGCAUCAUCACCCCUAUGCUGAACCCCCUCAUCUAUAGCCUCCGCAACAAGGAGGUGAAAGAAGCCCUCAAGAAGGUUCUGGGGGGGCAGAAGAACGAAUACGCUUCUACACAGAGGAAGUGAGAGGUGGACUUUGACAAGGGCAUCUCUGCUGCUCUCUGACCCCACCUUUGCCCUUAGGGAGCUCAAGGUAAUCCUCCAAGACCACGGAGAAACCCACUUCAUGAAAUACGGAUUGAGUAACACAAGUUCUGAAGACUUGCUGACAUGUUGAUGGGCAAUUUUGCUUACGUCAUUAAGCACUUGUUCCCCCAAAUAUGCCACCUUUGUGCAUGUCCACCACAGGUGCCUAUAGUUCCCAUAUUCAGAGAACUGCAGGCAACUUGUGAGACCUGUCAAAACUCAUUAUUCCAACCAGAGACCUUAAACUGUAGAUUGCUGUAUUUAUUUACAUUGAAGGCUUCUUCAUGAACGAUUGGCUCUGUAGGAGCCAAUAUAUGCUAAUCUCCUUACAGGUUCUCCUGUUUUCAUAGGGCUGUUUCUUUUCACAGCUUGGGCCACAGCAGAGGUGACAGAGAAGCAGAAACAACCUUUGGGAGACCUAAGACCAGGAGCUCAAAGGAGAAGGGCUUGUAGUGCGGCUGCCCCUGUUCUGUGGAACAGCGUUUCUGUCAAGA